AUGAGAAGAAAAACAAUUGCUACCUACACAGUAAUAUCGAUUCUAUUAUGUUUUAGUUGUUUAUUUAUUGUUAGUUCCUCGCUGGAAUUAAGGAUUAGAGAAUAUUUAAUAUUAGUACGAUUGUUUGAUAAUACCAAUGGACAUCAUUGGAUAAGAAAAGAUGGGUGGGAGGACUUGGUGGCCGUUUUCCAUCGAGCACCCAACAUUCUGAAUCUUCUGCCCGAAGAUACGGUGCCACUCAGCCUAGCCGACGAUGAAUACGAUCGAUUGGACGAAAAUCCGUUCGCUUUCGUCGAUAUGUUGUAUACGAUCAAUGACUUCUGGUUACCAGAGCUAUAUGGAGUUAAAUUUUCAAACUAUACGAUCAAUUCGAUAUAUUUGAUGUUUAAAAGUGAAUUACAAAAUAAUAAUUUAACAGGAGAUUAUCCAAAUUAUUUAUACUAUGUAAAUAAUUUAUUGAAAUUAGACCUUUCAAACAAUUCACUCUCUGGUAAAAUGGAGACAGAGGCACUUACCUAUAAUAAUAUGGCUAGUGUUAAUAUAUCGAGAAACCAUAUUAGAGGACCUGUACCACGAUUACAAAAUACAGCAAAAACUAUUGAUUUAAGUUAUAAUAACUUUGAUGGAUAUUUACCAAAACUUGUAAAUACACCAAAUUUAACUGAAUUGAAUUUAAGCCAUAAUAACAUAACAGGAACUAUACCUAAAUUUCUAUUUAGACAACGAUUGUUAGAAUCUGUAGAUUUAAGCUAUAACAGAUUCAUUGGAUAUAUUCCAUCUUUGACAGAUUCAGUAAUUCACACUUUAAUCGUAAGAAACAAUUAUUUAAUGGAUAAUAUUACAGGUUCAACGAUAUUAAGGUCACGAACAUUAAAAUAUUUUGAUGGAGAUAACAAUUACUUUACUGGUAGUCUAUCACCUAGAUUGUUUUCAUUUACAUUAUUCACAUAUAUAUCACUGAGGAACAAUGGAAUCGAUGGUAUAAUACCCAGUGUGGUGGCAUGCAUGGGUGACCAUAUAGAAUUCCAUACAGAUAUCAACGAAUCAUUACCUUGUGUUCCUAGAAUAGAUGAAAUAUCAACAGUUUCAACAAAAGGAGGAGAAAUAACAAUAUCAGGAUUUGAUUUUGGAUAUCAAUUCAAUAGUUACGAUAUUGAUAUUAAAUUGCAAAAUAAUGUAACCAGUUCAUUUAAGAGAUUUCUCAUUAGCAAUAGAAGGAUAGCAGUCAAUGUUCCUCCUGGACAUGGAAGACAUAAUUUAACACUAACUUUUAGAAAUGCUACCAUUAUCAAAGAAUAUUCCUAUAAAUUUCCAUAUAUAAUAGAGAUUUCAUCAGUUACACCAAAAGAAGGAGGAAGAAUAACUAUGAUUGGAGAUAAUUUUGAUAGAGAAUUGGCAAAACAAGUAUUACCUCAGGUGGAAAUUGGUGGUGCUCGUUGUAUUGAUGUAGAAGUAGUUAGUGACAAAGAAGUACAUUGUUCGCUUGGACCGAGCAAUAUUAAAACACCUGCAGCUAUCAAUAUUACGGUGGGCGAUUUAUCAGCUAUUUCCAAAGUACAAUUCUUUUAUUCUCCGAUCGAUGGCGAUCUAGAGUGUUCAUUGCCAUGUAAUAAACAUGGAUCGAUCAAUAUCACCUCGAAAACCAUCGAUCUAUCGAAUACAACAAACGUUAGGCUGGGCGACUAUUUCGAGCCUUGUGUCAAUCUGACCGUAAAGAAUAUUGAUGGAAUCGUUUACGUCAACUGUAUAGCACCCUAUGGAAAUGGACUGAAACACCCAGUCUAUGUGACCACCAACUCUAUCACCUACCACAAUGAUUGUCUGUCUUUCAAUCCACCGAAGAUCGAGAGAAUUGCAGGCGCCGAUUAUUUUAAGGGUGGCAUUGUCAAGAUCUAUGGAAAGUAUUUGGAGUCGGAAGUGGAUCAAGUCAAUAUCACAAUUGGCGACCAGAAUUUCGCCAGCGGUUUCAUUCAAAUUCAAAUCGAUUCAACUGAGUUAUCACUUCAAAGUGAAUCUCUCUACAAUCCUGGAAGUCACUCCGUCCGGAACGAUAGUCGACCACCUGGUGGACUCAAAGUUUUGGGUGGUCAACGCAACCAAACCCGAAAAGAGUUUUAUCUACACAAACAACCAGAUGCUGCACCAGUCGUGGAGGUUUCGCAGGUUGCAGGCUUGCGAUGGUGGACCUCCUACUUUUACGAUGUCAAACUGUUUGGACGUGUCACACAGCGCGCCGUCCUAGACAAUACGAUCACUCCGGUGCAAGCAGGCAUUCGUACGCCCAAGAACGACCGAUUCCUCUUCCACUUUGACUAUACACUCGACUCCUACGACCAGAAGCUACUACUUGCCGCCCGGCUGUUUCAUCGACCGCAACCCCAGGCGACAUCCGUACGAGGUGAUAUGCGCUGUGCUUGUGAUAGCGGGCACCGUUGCACUGCUGAUCUAUCUGACGCGAGUGGAGGCACAUCACAACAAGCAGAGUAUGCGACUGAACAAGAUGAUCAUGUCGAAGGAUGUCUGUACGCCGGUGAUGACAUCGGUAUCAGCGCAGUCCUACCAGAGCUACCUCGAGAGCAUCAUCGACGGACUGACAAUCGACAAUCUUGGCAAUCCUAUAUGUCCGCUGAACUCGACACACCUGCAGCACAGUCUGAAAUGUCAGAUAGUAACUAUAUGAGCUAUAUUCAUUCGAAUUUAAACAAAACACUUAUAGAUGUAGUUGAUGUACAAUGGUCACAAGAUAGUCUUCCUCCCAAUGAAUAUAUUAAACCACUUUCAAUUGAGACUCUAUCAGAUGCAUUUAAUGAGAUGAUGAACUCAAAUACUUCAGUUCAAAAUCAUAAAGAAGAGAAAUGGAAUGAUUUAGGUUUAAAUGAUUUAUCUUAG